GGUACAUUGCAUCUCGGUUAUCCAGGUGGUCGAAAAAGGACGUAACUCCAGCAUGAAUCCACUGGUAUCCAUCACAUCAGCCUUUCUGUUACUCAUAUUCUCUGCUACAUCAGUAUGGUCACAAGGUUUGCCAGUGGCCAACUGCUGGUUAGAUGCACCGGAAGUUGUAUCUGAAUAUAUCAACGUCGACAUCGUACCUCAGAACGUUACUGGACCGGGUGGUCGAGCAUCAUGGAAUCUGUUUGCAAGGGUCGACUGGCGACGACCGGCAGGAUUAGAGCCAGAUGAUAUGUACGUCUUGAAAUUAGCAAGUUUUGAUGGCAUGAUGGCAGAAGAGAGUGUAUUCACUGAUCCGUGUCUUGUUGGUAACGAAGAGAUUCUGGUGUCAACAGAAGAGCAUAUUUUCAACAACCUGAGUUUUGGACAACUUUAUGAACUCGAGAUUCAUCUGUUCCGUCCUGGAAGACAACAAAAAUCUUUAAUGGGAGCUAUCACGGCGUUCCAGACACCAGAGUGCCUUCAGGUUACAGGUGAUAUGGACUACUGCAUGAAUCGAGAAAUUGUUCAGUACUCUGGCGCCCCCAUCGACCCCCACGUGAACAGCCUCUGUCGCAACAGUUCAACUCGUCUCCUUCGAGUCUCUCUAUCCUGGCUCCCACCCUUUCAAGUCAACGGCAACAUCUUCCUGUACUCCAUAGACUACGGUGUGGUGGUGACCCCUGCCCCGGAUGUAGUUGUGGAACCUCCUUCAAUGUCAUUUCUAACAUUGAAUAUUUUCCCGCCUACGCGCGCGAAUGGGACAAAUCAGACGGACUUUCGAAUCUCUACAACGCUUCAAGGUCUAGAAGAAGGAAAGUUAUAUUACGUCAAAAUAACACCGAUUGUCGAUUCGCCGGUCGAUGGCGGUAAAUACCCCGGUGAUGAGGUCGAGCUGACGUUCGUUACGGCAAACUGGACAGAUCCCAUGGGCGAGACGACAGAAAUAAACCUUGCCACUCCACUUUGUGAGUUCCUCGAUGAACCGACGCUUGUGCCAACUGAAAAUAAUACAUUCACGGACAACCCUACGACUGAGACAAUGACCACCUCAGCGCCGCCACCAACGAUCACGUUCGACAAGACGACGUGGACGGUGAUGUCGACCGCGACCACGCCAGCUAGACUUCCGCCGAACUCUAUGGAGCCGGCACACAUCGCCCUCAUCGUAAUAUUUUCGAUACUCAUCAUCCUCGUCGUCGUCGUCUUCAUCGUCAUUACGAUCAGGAUGGCGAAGACCGGUCAUGUGACUAAAUUACCGCAGCUUUCACAAAUACCCGCCAUGUGCAAGAGGCAGGGCCAUUCGGACGGAGCCGAGAAGAAAAAAGACUUGAGCAUGAUAGAAAAAGGAGUGAAGACGGUCGACGAGAAAAAGCCCAAACAAACGAAAAGCAAACCAAAUGGAACUGCAAAGUCAUCAAAAUAACAUUGUUGAUCGUUACAUCCGAACCUUGUAGUAGACCGGCCAAAAGUCAAAAAGUGCUCUAGUUAAGGAUUCGACGGCAAAAUUUGUUAAUGCUUGGCAUCCCAGCUAAAAGUCUUGCAAAAAUACCAAGGAAUAGCGUACGGCCGGAUGCCAAGCGCAAUUUUGCGUGAAAGUGUCAUUUUUAGCGUAAAAACUGAAAGAAUGUCGAAAAUCACGCAUUUUUAUAUUUUGACGGAUUAUUUUAAUAUUUUUGAUAAUCUUUGAUAUGAAAUUAUUUUUAUUCAGAGUUUCAAAUUAUAAGUCUCAUAAAUAUGCAUUUCAAAUUUGAAUAUUGCACACACACAUAUGGCACAGGGAAACAUAAAACCGCGAUUUCCUCAAAAUAAAAGUUUGUGAAAACUAUCAAUAGUUUGAAGUUUUUUUACGCAGCUUAAAUUCUUCGAUUCAACUGCGUUUAUCCAUCAAAUGUAUAGUAAAUGUCCUAAUGUCACAAAUAUUAAAAUAAUUUUCAAGUAAGAUGGAAGAUAUCUCACUUCAUGUUAUCUGAAAUGAGACAAUGUGCAUUCUACCAGGUGCGCGUUUUGAAAGAAAAAUUGAAAAUACCGUACAUUAUGUACAUAAUUACAUGUAUAAGUACAUACUAAAGCGAGUUUUUAAUUACAUAUAUAAGUGCAUUCUAAAGCGAGUUUUUAAUUGGAUAGCACAAUUUGUCAAUUCUUUGCAUCCCAGCUCAAAUUCUUGCGGAAAUCCUGAGGAAUAACGUACGGGCGGAUGCCAAGUGCACUUUUGCGUGAAAGUAUCAUUUUUUGCGUAAAAUUUGAAAGACUGUUGAAAAUCACGCAUUUUGAUAUUUUGACGGAUUAUCAUCAUAUUUUUGGUUAUCUUUGAUAUGGAAUUAUUUUUAUUCAGAGUUUUAAAUUAUAAGUCUAGUAAAUAUGCAUUUCAAUUUGGAAUAUUACACACACAUAUAUGGCAAUAUGAAAUAUAAAAUCGUGAUUUACUAAAAAUAGUAGUUUGUGAAAACUAUCAAUAGUAUAAUGUUUGUGUUCCGCAUCUCAAUUUCGUCAAUUUUAGCGCUAACCGAAUAAAUACAUAAUAAUUGUUGUCAUGGCACAUAUAGUGAAAACAAAUGUUGAAAGAAGAUGCAAGAUAUAUAAUUUUAUGUUAUAUAUGCGAAAGAUAACAAUGUACAAUCAUCGGAUGCGCAUUUCUGAUAAAAUACAAACAGCGCACAAUAUUACAUCUAUAUUGCACAUACUAAUAUUAAUCAGUGCGAUACUCGUCAUGAUAUUAUAUCGGAUUAUGUUUACUUUUGUAGAGUUCGAUCUUCUUGCUAUUUCCGCGAAUUAAUUGGUGCUGAACGUAAAUCUACCUGUGACGAUAUUCAUAAAUAGGUCUGAUAUUUAAUUUGCCGUUACCAUGGUAACAUUAAUUUUGUAGGAAUAUCUAUAUCCAAAAUCAUAGAAACAGUAGCGUACCUAGGAUUUUCCACAAGGGGGGGGGGGCAAAACCGUCGGCCAAAAAAUUUGACAAGCAAAAAAAAAGGUCUUCAAGCUCGUCAGGGGGGGGGGGGCAUGGAUACGUCUUUUGCAUGGGUUGGGACUCGUCGGGGGGGGGAGCAGACUGCCCCCUCUACCCCCCCCCCCGUAGGUACGCUAGUGCAUAGAAAAUAUACAUGAAUGAAUAAAACGAUCGAAUUAGCAUUUUUAAACUACUCUGUCAAUCUACAUUUUACUUCAAUUAUUGGAUUAUCAAAGUCUAAAAAAAUGUGGCCGUUGCCACGGCAAUACCUAUUUUUUGUCUCGCCUGCAUGCAUAGCAGAGCAGGACUAAAGGAGCCACUUUUCCGGCGGAGGCGACGGUAGUUUUGAUAUAACAGCGUCAUAUCAACCUUGAAAUCUUAACCAAGUUUACGUUUUCGAAAUUUCGUUAUAACUUUGAACGUAUAUAGGAAAAAAAAUUAAUGACACUUAUAACAGUAUUCAGGUAUUACGGAUCGUCUUGCACAAGUUUUAGAUCACAUGAUUAAGGUCAAAGGUCAUUUAGAGUCACUGAACUUUGGCCAUAUAUAUGGGGGUAUUUUUUUCUUAAUGUCAUCAUAACUUUUGAAUUUUAUUGAUCCAGUUCAUGAUUAAACUUGAAUAUAAGGGUAUUAAAGUAUAAUGGAUCAUUUUGCACAAAUUUCAGUUCACAUGAUCAAGGUUAUACGUCAUUUAGGUUCGAUGAGCUUAUUAUUUUAUUAUCACAUGAAUGGCGCUUUUGUGAAUAAUUAUUAGUUUCAGUUGUUUCCAAUGUUCUGCUGCUAUAAUUAUUAUGUGAAAAUAUGAAUAAUAAAUGUUAUUUGGUCUUUUGCAUUGCAAGUU